AUGCAUGAAGGCGUGGCGCGUCAGCCCUCAGCCUUCAGCCCUCAGCCUUCCAAGGUUGCCUCAGCCCCUACCGCAUCUACACAGCCUAGAAUGUUAUGGUACUUUGCACACGACGAAAUAGAUGUCCUUACCCUCUCAAUCCCUUCACGGAACUUUCAUUACGGAGGAGUCUACAUAUGUACCAUUAUGACCGCGACUAGCAAUGAUGGAAUGCAAGACGAGCGAUCGGGCAACAGAGUUGGAAAUGCUACGUCUCUACCCCAAAAGAAGCAUCUCGCCGCCAGAUUCCUCACUCGCCUGUCAACAAGGCUUUUCAAAGACAACAAAAGGAAUGUUAGCAACGCAGUAGGCCUCGGUUUAGUUCAAGGGCCGACCAAAGAUGAAUCUCCUGCGGCCAAACCGAGGCAAAAGACAUUCGUUCUACUACCAAGAAACCGACACCCCAAAACGGACCCAUCCACAACCGCUACUGGUCUCUUUCAAAACAACUCCACAGACCGUCCUUCGCGGCGCAAAGCAUAUAGCGUUCCUGCAUACGGCAACAGCAGAUGGGACGUUUUCACCCGUCGCUCUUUAUCGUUACAUUCUAACCGCUCUUCCGCACACUCAUCAGAACCCGAUGAUGAAAUAGACGUGAUUUUAGCUAGCAUGUGCGACCUUGUCGACAAACACACGAAGCACUUACAUCUUGCCCGCCGCAAUAUGUACAUGUCAAGCUACUACUUAGACGAUGUAACGGAGCUAAGAGGGUCUCUUUGGCGUACAAUGAGCGCUAUGCCCAAGAGCAACAAGCCGCAACGCAAGCUGUAUCAUACGCUUGUAGUCCUGCACGACGACUUGAAGCAGACAUUCGAGAGGAAUUCACAAGAGUUCCUUCACGCUAGACGCCACUCUUCAUCUGAUGACACCUUAAGUCCAGUGCGGAAUCUUGUCAACAGACACGCACAGGAAUAUCGCAUGACCCUUUUCCAAGCGAUAAACAAUGAAAAGAGCACCCAUGCUAAACCACCAGUCCUGGACGGUUGUUUAUCCCGCUACUUGUUCUUUGACAUGGAAAAGCUUCAAAAAGCAGUCACUUUUGUAGAAAAAGAAGUAUCUGGCAGGCCCGCUUCUCACGAGCGGCACGAUCCGAGACUUCAAAUCACACCUGGAAACAUUCCCGAAUACGAACGCUUUGUUCGGGCUUACGUUACCACGACAUGCGGCUUGGGUUACAUUGGCCAGAGCAAUGACAAAAAGGCUUGUGGAUCUGAUCUAAUUCUCUGGUACCGUGAGCGUGUAAGGGCAUAG